UGCAGCCAAAUCUGUCGCGCUGUGCAUAAAACUGGCAAAUUAAAGGCCAACUCAUACAUUUCCAUUUUUUGCAGUGACACAUUUUACAGAACGCGUUUAUCUCUGACACACAUUUCUUUACUAUUUGCUUUUGAAGCCCCUCCCAUGUCAGUCACGACUUAUAACGCACCUCUUGUUUGCCUCCGGUGUUGAGCCUUGACUUGUUUCUGUCACACAUUAUGCAGAAAAGAGAGAUCCAAAUCAGAUUGGCGAGUUGACAGGGAUGGGGAUUUGGUUAAGGCGCCAGGCUUUGUGUGUGCAUGUGCGUGUGUGUUUGUGUGUGUAGCUCUGUUGUGCUGAGUCCAAGUAGCCUCAUUGGAGAUUCUUCUCUUUCCUCUGUGACUGGAGUCAAAUCACAAAACCACUUCUUCACAAAAGAGAGAUUAAAAGGGGAGUUCUGUGGCGUUAGACUGUGAUGGUUGACACCAUGGAACUGUGAUGGGUGCCCCUGCCUUACAGCAAAGAGAUCAGUGGUUUGAAUCCCAGAGGUGGCCACUGGUCACCAGUCUGUGUUUAUUCAGAUCAGUCCCCAGUAACAUCCUGGACUUGUUUAAUUGUUUACUCUUAACCUGCCUGAUCUUGAUGACCGCUGGAUGCGACCCUAGUGGGGGAAUGAAGCUGUGGUGUGUUGAUGUUGAGUUAAGGUGGCAGCUUCUACAAAUAUCAGACACCAGCGGUCGUGACAUGUUGACUGUCAAAGUUUUCCAGACAUUAUUUCACACUACAGUGUUUUUAAUCCGUUUAGAUCACAACUAUCCAAGAGACACACAAAUAAAGAGUUGUGAAUGUGAGCGCACUUCACUGUUUCCCUCCGCUCUCUCUCUCUUUCUUUGUCUCAUUCACCCUUACUCUCUCCCCUUCUGGAGUGUUAGUGACGACUGAUUCAGAAAGCAGCAGUGACAGCACAUACACACACACACACGCACACACACUCUCACACAAUUACUCUGGCUCUCAGCUCUUGGCUGAGAAACAGCACAUGUCAUACAGAGGAGGACGCUGGAUUAUCGAUCCCUAAACUCAGCAUCAGACAACACAAAUGCGCAACAUUGUUCUACAGUGAAGACGAGAUUAGCAUCAGUGAACGUGCGGAAUGGACCUUUAAUUGUAUUCCUUAAGAGAAAGGUGUUCACUGUGGUCUACAUUUCUACAGACUGUCAAUGGAGCGGAGGGCGCUGCUUGAGCAGAAACAACGCAGGAAGCGUCAAGAACCUCUCAUGGUCCAACCCAACACAGAGGCUUGGCCUCGGCGCUCCAGGACACGGCGUGGAGAGGAGCAGGCUCCACUGGUGGAGUCUCAGGCUAACAUCACAAACGAUGUCAUCCUGGACGGAAUCGACGGCCCGGCAGCCUUCAUGAGUGCAGACACUUCAGAUCAGGGAACAAAAGUCCAAAUCCUCUCAGUCAACCAAUCGCAUACCUCUCCCCAGUCACAAUCCCAAUCCCAGCCUCAAACCCAGCCUCAGUCUCCUGAGGAGCCAGAGAAAGACAGUGACACCGAGACGCUACUGGAGCCCAAGACAGACAUCCACGAACUGCUGCAGAAACAAGGUCUGUGCGAGAGCAUGAACUUUGAUGAGUCCAGUGGUAACGAGGACAAUGUAGAGGAAGAACAGACUCGGUCUCUGUCCCCUCAUGCCGACUCCACCCGGCCGGCAUCUGCAUCCAGCGGCAAAGACGUUGCAGAAGUCGUAACGCCCGGAUCGCCCACUCAAGACAGCUCCCUGAUCGAUGUGACCAACCUGGAGGAGUUUGUCCUGCGUCCAGCUCCUCGUGGAAUCACCAUCAAAUGUCGGAUCAGUCGGGACAAGAAGGGAAUGGACCGUGGUCUGUAUCCCACCUACUUCAUGCACAUGGAGAGAGAAGACGGGAAGAAGGUGUUUCUGUUGGCGGGCAGGAAGAGGAAAAAGAGCAAGACGUCCAACUACCUGAUCUCAGUGGACGCAACCGAUCUGUCACGAGAAGGAGACAGUUUCAUCGGAAAAUUGAGGUCUAACCUCAUGGGCACCAAAUUCACAGUUUACGAUAAUGGCUCCAAUCCCUGCAAAAACCCCGGGGCUCUGCUGGAAGAGAGCAACACGCGACAGGAACUGGCUGCCAUCUGCUACGAAACCAAUGUUUUGGGAUUUAAAGGCCCGCGUAAGAUGACCGUCAUCAUCCCAGGCAUGAGCAUGAACUUUGAGAGGGUCCCAGUGAGACCACAGAGCGAGCAGGAGAGUCUCCUCAGCAGGUGGCAGAAUCACUCCCUGGAUAAUCUCAUCGAGCUGCACAACAAGGCGCCCGUGUGGAAUGACGACACGCAGUCGUACGUGCUAAACUUCCACGGACGAGUCACUCAGGCUUCGGUCAAGAACUUUCAAAUAGUUCACGACAACGACCCUGACUACAUUGUCAUGCAGUUCGGCCGAGUGGCUGAAGACAUCUUUACCCUGGACUACAACUACCCCAUGUGUGCUCUUCAGGCCUUCGCCAUCGGUCUAUCCAGCUUUGACAGCAAGUUGGCCUGUGAAUGAGGUCAAAGGUCAGGUGUAAUGUCAGGAACUAUAAGUGAAACUCAACUGUAUAAAAACAUUAUUCGUCAGAGGUGCAGACACUGGGAUGGUCUCACGUUCCUUGUGUUGUGUAGAGCCUGUGUAGAUUCAUCAACACACAUUAGUUCAGUUAUAAACAGGUAAAAUCAAAGCAGACGUCACUUGGCCUUUUUAACACAAAUGUGGACAUUUGUGUUCUUUUCGUUAUUAUUUUGCCUCAACACUAUAGUUCUGACUGUGUUUUUAAUCCUUGCUGCAACGUGCAGCGUUUUUUAAUCCACUGCUCUGGCGCCAUCUAUUGGUUUAGAAGGAAACAAGAGGCGUUGCUUUUAACGGUUUUUAAUUAUAAUCUGCCAUUUGUUUUCACGACUAAUUAAUCAUGACAUAGUCUUUACUUUUUUCGUUAAUGUAUUUGGAAUGUUUCGUCGUUUGUGAGUGUGUGUUGUUUCGAAAUGUGUGAUUUUUAUCUCGUGAGCGUGUAUUAUUUGUAUUAAAAGUGAGUUGUGUUGCUCUGAGGAAAAACAAUGGAAAACAAAUGCAGAAUUGCACAUUUUAAAAAUGUAAAAAAUAAAUCAAAUGUAAAUGUACAUACUGUACAUAUAAAAAGGCAAUUUAACAACUUUGUGUUUGGUUUAUGGUUACACUGUAGAUGCCU